AUGGCCGCCAGUUGCAACCGUUCUGUGAGACGACUUUGCCUGGUUCACCAGGAGCUGAUGCCGCAUUUGAGAUGCAGCGAUUUCGCUCGGAAAUACUACCUCAACCGGCACCAGCGCGUGCACACGGGACUGCGACCGUUUAUAAAGGAGUGGCAGCAUCCUGUCGCUUGCACGCGGUGUGUGUUUAGUGCAAGGCGAACCCUCGCCGCUUCUUCAUCAAGAGAAACGUGUUGCGUGCUCUGCCGCCCCUUCCGCUGGACUAGCUCGUUCGCCAGCGGUCGGUGA